AGUUGGCAGUCAAACUUUUAGCAGCUAAAAAGAGAACGCAAAGAUACGAAAUAGACUACAACAGCAAACCUGAAAAAGGGAUCACCUGACUUUGACAACUUUAGCCGACGCUUUUGGAUUUUGCCGAGUUUCUUCGUGAUCUCCAGAAACGAAGAUGUACUCUGCUUUCAACACGGAUUGUGACUCCUCUUCCCGGUGCAGUACCGCUUCUCCAGCUUGCGACAACCUGGCUUACUACAACUCUCCUGCGGGAUCUUACUCCACUAUAGGCUCUCCCCAAUCUCAGGACUUCACAGACCUGACUUCAGUGUCCAGUGGCUCCUUCAUCCCUACUGUCACGGCUGUCUCUGCCAGUCCAGACCUGCAGUGGAUGGACCAGCCGCUCGUAUCCUCCGUGGCCUCUUCUCACAGAGUCCAUCCCUACAGUGUCAGCCCCCCAACCUACACUAGUGCCAUGAGGAACAAGGGCCACAGCUCUGGGCGCAGAGCCAGAAUGGAACAGCUUUCUCCUGAGGAGGAGGCGAAGAAGAGUUUCCGUAGAGAGAGGAACAAGCAGGCAGCAGCUAAAUGCCGCAACAGGAGGAAGGAACUCACCGACACUCUGCAGGGUGAAACUGACGAGCUGGAGGAUGAGAAGUCCGCUCUCCAGAACGACAUCGCCAACCUGCUCAAAGAGAAGGAGAAGUUGGAGUUUAUCCUGGCAGCCCACCAGCCCAUCUGCAAGAUCCCCUCUGAUAUGGACACUGUUUUCCCCUCCCACUCCUACGGGGUCUCCAUCCAGCUGUCCCCACCCCAGUCUCAAAGCAUGGUCUCCAGCUCCGUCUGCUCAGCAACUCCCCUCACCUCCAUUCCGUCGACCGCCAGCUCCAACCUCUCCGCCUCAAUCUUCUCCAGCAGCCCCCUCCUGUCCACCGCCUCCAUCUCCGUCUCUGACGUCAAGAUGGCCGACCUGGACACAGCCUGCCUGGAGUCCCUGUCUCUCCUCUCCAAGACGGAGAUGGAGACGGCCCGGUCGGUGCCCGAUGUCGAUCUGACCAGCUCCCUGUACACCCAGGACUGGGAGCCUCUCUACAGCACAGCCAAUAAUGACUUUGAGCCCCUGUGCACCCCUGUGGUCACCUGCACCCCAUCCUGCACCACGUACACAUCUUCCUUCGUCUUCAGCUAUCCUGAGGCGGAGGCGUUGCCUACCUGUGGCGUAGCCCAACAGAAAGGGAGCAGCAGCAACGAUCAAUCCUCUGACUCCCUCAGCUCCCCUACACUCCUAGCCCUGUGAGCAGGAGAACCGUAGUCCCUCAGCUCCCCUACACUCCUAGCCCUGUGAGCAGGAGAACCGUAGUCCCUCAGCUCCCCUACACUCCUAGCCCUGUGAGCAGGAGAACCGUAGUCCCUCAGCUCCCCUACACUCCUAGCCCUGUGAGCAGGAGAACCGUAGUCCCUCAGCUCCCCUACACUCCUAGCCCUGUGAGCAGGAGAACCGUAGUCCCUCAGCUCCCCUACACUCCUAGCACUGUGAGCAGGAGAACCGUAGUCCCUCAGCUCCCCUACACUCCUAGCCCUGUGAGCAGGAGAACCGUAGUCCCUCAGCUCCCCUACACUCCUAGCCCUGUGAGCAGGAGAACCGUAGUCCCUCAGCUCCCCUACACUCCUAGCCCUGUGAGCAGGAGAACCGUAGUCCCUCAGCUCCCCUACACUCCUAGCCCUGUGAGCAGGAGAACCGUAGUCCCUCAGCUCCCCUACACUCCUAGCCCUGUGAGCAGGAGAACCGUAGUCCCUCAGCUCCCCUACACUCCUAGCCCUGUGAGCAGGAGAACCGUAGCUGUCUCCCAAAUGACACCCUAUGACCUAUAUAUAUUUCAUUGCUUUUGAUCAGGGUCCAUAAGGUAUCCCAUAGGGCUCUGGUCUAAAGUAAUGCACUAGUCCCAUAGGGCUCUGGUCUAAAGUAGUGCACUUGGGUGACAUUUUUGAUUUCCAUUCUUCCACACAACACCAUUUCCUCUAGAGCAUAUUUAACAUUUCCUCAUGUACAGUACCAGUAUGUGGUGGCUGUGCAGAAUGAUCGCAGAGAUAUGGACUUGGACGCACACAACCAGGAAGCAAAAUAUAUUUGUUUACCUUUGUUUUGUAUGGACUAUAAUGGGCUAUCACUUGCCUCUUUCAACUAUGUAGCUGAUUUUAAAGCAUGUUUAACUAAUAAAACAAUAGUUUGGGUUUACAAAAUAGUUGUUGAUUUUAUGGUGCUAGAUAACAAAGUUGUGUUUCAGUGUUCAGAGCCUAGUUAUAGUUAUCUUGCCCUGUUUGUUUUCUGGUUGAUGGAAUGUGAGCUUCUUGUACGUGUGUGAUAUUUAACAAUCAUGAUGUGCUUGUCUGGUUGGUCUAUCCUAGUAUGAAAGUUUUCUAUGAAAACGUUAGUUUUUUUUUUGAUGUUGUGAAAUUUCUAAUUUCUAAUAUUUUUAUACUACAAAGAGAACUGAACCUUUGGAAAAACGUAAAAAAUAAACUGAACGAAUAAAAAUAUUAAAUUAUUCA